UUGUGAAAUUAAUGUGCUUAAAUUAAAAAAAGUUAUUUUGGUUUUAAAAAAUAGUGAUACUAGUUAUUGUUAUUUAAAAGUUGUUAAUAGAUUUAAACGGUACUUGGAACCCAAUGCGAAAUAUCUUUACGUCAAUAUCGCGAAGAGCGAAGAAUAUAAAUACUUUAUAAAACUUCAGUUAAAAUGUAUAUAUAUUAGUAUAAAGAAAGAAAGAAAAAAUACUUUACAAGAUAUUUAAGUAAAUUCGCUGAAAGCGUUUUUUGAUGAGAAAAAAAGUGAGACGGAACAUAAUUAUGUGAAAUACUGUGUAUGUGCGUUAAAAGUUUUUACAUAAAACGAUAAUAAUGGUUAUAAGGACAUAUGUGUGCGUGUUAAUGUAACCUGAUAAAAAAACAGAAAACAGUGAAUUAUUAAUAUGGAGGGCGUUGAGGUUAUCUACACAUGGGAAAUGGACUUCAAUCGAAGCCUCCUCGGCGCAGCUACUCUCCUAGUACCUAAGAAACCGACGCCGUCCCCCACGUCGUCUACUAUGCCAGUAUGGGCUCACAACUCAUGGGUCUGUUUGUUUACCGCCAUGCUGACUGUUGCCAUUGGUGGCAAUGCGAUCGUCAUUUGGAUUGUAACAGCUCACAGAAGAAUGCGGACUGUGACCAACUACUUCCUCGUGAACCUCUCAUUCGCUGACUUAAUGAUGGCAUCUCUAAACUGCCUCUUUAAUUUCAUCUAUAUGCUUCACAGUGACUGGGUCUUCGGAGUGCGCUACUGUCAGCUUAGCAAUUUCAUAGCGAACGUGACGGUCGCGGCAAGCGUGUUCACUCUCACGGGAAUAUCGUUUGACAGGUACCAGGCGAUAGUGAGGCCGAUGCGGCCUCGGAUGUCGAAGACGUGUUCACUCAUAAUGAUAGCUGGAAUAUGGGUGAGCGGGAUGCUGCUCGCCAUACCGUGUCUGCUUUACUCGACUACUAAAGAAUAUCGGUCUAAGGGGAUAUUAAAGACCGCGUGCCUGCUUUCGUGGCCUGAUGGUCUGCCUGAUGUCUCCUACAUGGAUUUCGUAUAUCAAGUGCUAUUCUUCGUGGUCACAUACGCAGUGCCCAUGCUCGGGAUGACCUUCUUCUAUUCAGCAAUGGGAAGAGUUCUUUGGGGUUCAAGAUCUAUCGGCGAACUUACACAACGGCAAGCGGACUCAAUACGAUCGAAACGGAAGGUUGUGAAGAUGUUUAUUCUAGUCAUCGUCAUAUUUGGGAUCUGCUGGUUGCCCUACCAUUCCUACUUCAUCUACACGCACUUCAAUCCCUCCAUACUAUAUAUGAAGUAUAUUCAGCACGUCUACCUCGGGUUCUACUGGCUGGCGAUGGCCAACGCCAUGGUCAACCCGAUCAUCUACUAUUGGAUGAAUGCGAAGUUCAGGUCAUAUUUCCGUACGGCAAUUCUGUGCCGUUGGCGAGACACAUGCUUCCGAAGGAAACGGCCGAUGCCAGAAUCGCCACCGGACUUCAUCUCCCAAUCAGGCAGCCGAUCCAGAUCAGGUUUUUACUCGUUAACCUGUAGAGGAGCCCAGAAAUUCAAGAGGAAAUGCAGCAGUCGCAUGGCCGCGCUCGUCGUGUCGGGAGCCCGGCCAGCGGUCGCAGAGACCGCCUUCGCUUGCUAGCUGUCCACGAUGUCCGCACCGGACGUACUACGACGCAUUCAUUCAUGGGCGUAAAGUGUAAACAGAUACGAAAAAUGAAGAACUAUUUCUUUUGUUGGUGUCUAAUUUAAUUGUAAUUAAAUUUUAUAUUUGUACUACAAUGUCAUUAAAAAUGUAUUUAGAUAAAAUAAAUAUUUAUUGAUUGUUAUAUAAUUAAAUCGGCUGUAGAACUGUUCUGUAAAACAAACUCGAAGCUCACUGCACAAUAAGAUUAAGAAAUGUUAAGUGACAUGUCCCACGUCACACUUCAUCGACUGUAAUAAUAAUAACAUUUAACAAUCGUCAUAAUUUAUCUUGGGAAUAUAAGUUUUCAACAUUUUAAGAGUGAGAUCCGAAUUGAGUUUUUACAGAAUAGUGCUACCUAAUUGUAAUAUUCAGAUUUUGAUAUGAGAGGUAAUUUACUCUUAAUGAAUGAAUGUAAAAAAUAAUAAUGUAAGUAUUUUUAAGCCGACUUCAAAAAAAGGAAGUGCUCAAUUUAUUGUACAGUAUCGUAAUAAGAGUAUAGCCUCUUGAGAAGAGUUGGAGUUUAUUCUAUCACUCUUCUGGAAUGCAGGCUUGUAAAUACACAUUACACAUGUUGCAGAAUUUCAGUGAAAUUCAAUACAGCAGGCUUCUUCGCGACGUUUUUCUUCGCCCAUUAUGAGAUAAAUUAUUAACUCUAAUUAAGUACAUGAAAAUUCUGCGAUGCUUGCCUGGAUUUGAUCUCAAAAUCUCCGUAUAUAAUUAAACAUAUCGUCAGUGGAUAGGAAGAAACGCUACAGCGCUAUAUUUUUACUAUUGUGAAAUGAGAUUUAUAAGAAAAACCUUAAUACUCAUUUUCGAAAAAUACCAAUUCGGCGCUUAAGCCCUUCUUCCUUUCUAGUCAUUAAUUAUUUUUUUAUAAAU